AUGCGACGAGAGUUGUUUCUUUGCAUUUUGAAUGGUGUUACAACAUAUGACGAAUGGUUCAUCCAGAAACCCGAUGCCCUCAGUCGUAUGGGGUUCAUUCCUAUACAGAUGAUGACUGCUGCAAUCCGUAUACUCGCAUAUGAAAUUUCAGCUGAUUUUUGUGACGAACAUAUAAAGAUUUAUGAGCGCAUUGCGAUCAAAAACUUGAAGAGGUUUUGUGAUGCUAUAAUUGCUGUGUAUGCGGAGCAGUACCAACGCUUACCAAAUGCAGACGACAUUGCACGUCUGCUUCGAGAAAGGAAAGAGAGAGGUUUAUCAGGUAUACUUGGCUCUAUAGAUUGUAUGCAUUGGGAAUGGAAGAACUGCCCCACAGCAUGGUAUGGCACGCACACGGGAAGAAGCCAUAAACCUACCCUCAUAUUAGAGGUCGUUGCAUCCAAAAAUCUGUGGAUCUGGCAUGCUUUCUUUGGUAUGGCUGGUUCACACAAUGAUUUGAAUGUUCUCGAUCAUUCUCCAGUAUUCAAGAACAUGAUCAAUGGUUCAAUGCCUCCAGUUAAUUACGUGGUGAAUAGGCAUCGGCGUACAAUGGGGUAUUACCUAUCUGAUGGUAUAUAUCCUAAGUGGACAACUUUGAUGCAGACCAUCCCGCACCCAACAACUAUCAAAGAGAAAUUAUUUGCUAACAAACAAGAAGCUGUUAGGAAGGAUGUAGAACGAGCGUUCGGCGUGUUGCAGAUGAGGUGA